AUGGACUCUGUAUCAACAACCUACGGCUACGACAUGGGUUUGGCGGACUGCGACACACCCAGGAACAAAGACGACUCUGCUAUUGCAAUCUAUAGUCCACCAACGAACACAUUGGAGCUCAACGAUGACCUUCCACUCGCCGGAUCAAAACCUCAGAAAAAAGAUAUGGCUUUCGGCAAAGGGGGUUACUAUGCCAAACCAGUUCAGAUACGCAUCCCGAAGUCACUGGAGCCACUACCUCCGUUGCUCAACGAGAACAAGAUGAACCUACUCUACUUUCACCACUUUAUCAACCACACAGCUCGCAUCCUUGUUCCGCAUGAUUGCGAGAAGAAUCCCUUUCGCCAGAUUCUACCAGAAAUGGCCGUACGCGAUGAGAAUAUCAUGAACCUAUUACUUGCUUACAGCGCUUCACACCGGGCUCGAAUGCUCAACCAGCCAGAGCCUGCUAAUCGCAUUGCUGUCUGGGUACAGGAUGUAUUUCCAAGACUACGUCGAACAAUUACGGAGAACCCUAACCACAUCUCCAACAGCACACUAGCUGCCGUGAUCAUGAUGGCAAGCCUGGAGAUAAUCGCCUCCAACACAUUCGAGGUUCCCAUUUCCUGGCAGAGCCAUCUGCAAAUGGCGCGGCAAAUGGUCGUAGCAAGAGGAGGACCGCAGGGCGUAGACCGACAAGAUCGCGUCGCCUACUUCCUCUCACGCUGGUUCGCAUACCUCGACGUCGUCGGCUCCCUCAGUGGCAACAAAAACGACACACCUCUCGGGUCUUUCUACUGGUCAUCGGAAAACGCUUCGGCUGACGAAGAUUUCGAGAUCGACUGCCUGAUGGGCUUCACGAACCGCUGCGUCGGCAGCCUGGCCAAAAUUUCCGAGCUCGCAAAACAAUGCGAACCACUGCGUAUCGACGAGGAGGGCAACAUCCGCGAGAACUGGCACCCGAGCCUUGACGUCUAUAAUCAGGCAAUGCACAUCCGCCACGAGCUCGAGGAAGGCCUGUCAGACCAGUACAUCCACCGGGGAUGCAACCACGGCAGCGAGUCAGAAGGCGCGUGGGACGCCACGGAAAUCUACGCCACGAAUGAAAUGUUCCACUGGGGCGGGCUAGUGCACCUCUACCGCCGCGUGCUGGGGAAGCCAGCCACAGCCGCGGAAGUGCAGAACGCCAUAAGAGAGAUUGUCGAAUUGCUGUACAAGGUGCGUCGGGGCUCGUCGGCCGAGGCGUGUCUCCUGUUCCCCAUGUUUGUCGCAGGGUGCGACGCGCAGGACGAGGGACAGCGCGAGAAGAUUAUGGACCGGUUGAGAGGUGUUGAGGGGUUCGGCAUGACGCAGAUCGAUAGAGCGAGAUCGCUUAUGCGACGUGUUUGGGACACGGGAAAGCCGUGGGAGUCACUUGUCUCGGGCGAGUUCUUUGGUUGA